GAGAGAGAGAGAGAGAGAGAGAGAGAGAGAGAAAGAAAGGAGAAAGAAGGAAAGAGACGGCCGCGUGUGUGUUGCGGUUAAUAGUGAAUGCGCGAGUUUCGUCGGUAGUUAGACACAGUGAGAUAUGGAUGUCUAAAGUGGAUACCGAAUAAUCGAGGUUCGAAAGAGAGGGAGAAGCCGGGAGAACGCAGUCAAAUACACGGACGAUUCCAGCCGGCAUUUUGACGUUUGCUCCGCGUGUGUCUUCCCCCUUUCGCGUUCCUUCCUCGCGUGUGAUGAAUACUGUCGCAAGUGAGACGUGCACGCGACGCCAACAGACAGAGCGUCGAGCCGCACGAGUGACGCCGUAUUCGCAGUGAAUUUUUUUUCGCGCGUUCCACCGCGGCAACAGCAAUAACAACAACAACAAUAACAGCGGCGCGGCGGCACAGUUUUUCGGUCGUUGCACGAAAGGUACAGAGAGAUAGAGAGGGAGAGAAGGAGGGAGAGGAAAAUAUAUAAAUCCUCUCUCGACGCGUUGUGUACGCGCAUUUCGUGAAUACCGGAUCGGUUGUUAUCGGCGCGGAGAAUCACGCGGCUCCGUUCUGACGUUCUCGCGACGACCGUGUCUCGUCGGGUCUCGUUGAUCGCUAGUGUCUCUCGCGCCUACGGAAAAGAGGAGGAGGCAGUGAAGGAGGAGGGGGGAGAGAUCUGCCUCUUCCCCGAUGAUACGCACGUGCGCUCGCCGCUCUCCGCUACUACGUUUGCGUGCGUGCGUGCGUGCGUCCUAGGCACGUUGAAUAGUGAAUCGAGUUCGUAUUUUGCCGUGUUGCGGGCCGAGUGUACGGACGUACGAGUCGGCGCGCCGGUGCUCGUGUCGGUUAGCGUAUCGUUGAUCAGUUCGUUCGUCCGGUUCGGUCAGUUAAUUCGCUUGCUUUACGCGCGCUCGCCGCCGCCGCCGCCGCCGCUGCCGCCGCCGCCGCGUGUCGCCCCUCCCCGUGUGGUACCUGUAGGAGAAGGACGCCGAAGGAGCGCGAAGGGCCGCCGCGAAGGACUUCGCAGCCGCGCGUAGCCAUGGAUACGCUCCUGCCGAGCGGCAAUAUAUUUCGAGAGCUGCAGGACAUACACGACACCGGAUACUUCUCAGCCCAGCCAUCGCUCGAGGAUCAUUGGCAACAGACAUGCUACGAGAUGGAGAGGUACCUGAAGGACGAGCCGAAGCUACAAUCGUACAAAAAACUCCCUACAGAACUGGACACAGCGCCCUGGAACCUCUUCAGGGCACCAUCGAUCUCGUGGACGACGUCCACUGGAACGAGUGCACAAUUCGACGCCCCAAUCAAAAUGGAGGUGACGACGUCAGACGAAAGGGAUCCCCUCUGUCUGGACGACAUCAAAUUCAGUCCUGGCGAUCAUAAUGACAAUGGCCGUGAUAGGGAUCUUCUUGAUCGUCACCUCGACUCCUUAUCGAUGUCCUCAACGAGUUCGGCGUGUUCAGCAUUGUCCUGGGACAGUUCACCCUCCCUUUCUUGCACAGCACUCAUUCUUAAAAAAGAACCAAGCGAGGAUCUUGAAGAGGAUGAGGAGCAUGAGGAGAUCGAGGAGGAGGAGGAUAGCGGGUGCGAAAGCGAAGGUCAAAUCCUGACGCCACCGUCGAGUCCCGGGUCGGGUCAAGGUCAUUCCAACUCCAGUCACUCGUCGAGUGGGAGUUCGAUGCUCGACGUGCACAAUCUCAACCUUCAUGGCACAGGCGGAAGGAGUGCUAUCGUCAGGGUUACCACCGGGAACGCGCAAGGUGUCGCAAGACUGAUCUCCGUCACGGCGAACGGCUUUCCUGCGGUAGCCGGCACGCAACACGCGCACGCGGGUGCGACCGCGGCCACGACCACCGUGGCCAACAGGCAUCACGCGAGGAGCAACGAGCACAGUCCGCCUGACACGAAACGCAGGAUACACAAAUGCCAAUUCCCCGGAUGCAAGAAGGUGUAUACCAAGAGCUCGCAUCUCAAGGCCCAUCAAAGGACGCACACGGGGGAGAAGCCGUACAAGUGCAGUUGGGAGGGCUGCGAAUGGCGAUUCGCGCGUUCGGACGAAUUGACGCGUCAUUACCGCAAGCACACCGGCGCGAAGCCGUUCAAGUGCCGGCAUUGCGACCGAUGCUUCUCCCGCAGCGACCAUCUAGCUCUCCACAUGAAGAGACAUGUGUAAUCAAUCGUCUCCGCGAACGAUCCCGGCCGCGCGUCACGCUCCGCGGUCGAGACCGUCGGGACCUCUUCCUCGUAAAGAUCGCGAAGAUCCUCGACGUCCGCGCGACGGAUUUACACGAUCUAGAAUUAUCCGGGGUCAUUCUAGUAGCAUGCUGCAAAUGGAAGGCGAUCGAUCACCGAACGCUUAAACUUGAUGAACAAACAUCAGAGAUCUACGAAAGUAGCUGUGGUGGUAUUAGGUGUUCGAGAUUCGUCAGACUCCGUCAUUGACAAAAACUCAUUUUCGAAGGUCACUUGUUCGAAAGAUCGACGAUCAGCGAGAUGUCAUUUGGAGACAAUCGAAGAUCGAGUUCGUGUCUGAAACGAUCCACGAAGGCGAUUCGGAGGAAAGCUUGACGAGCAAUCAGAUGACGUGCUAUAGCACUUCAUCAAUGUCCAAAGAGUCACGUGUGCAACGUAAAUUUUCAUCGACAUGCAUUUCGUCGAAGUGCACUGACAUAUAAGAUCAGGGGGGGAAAAAAGUAAGUGAUCAACGACACUUGUCUGUAAGAGCCAAAAGGAUCGCACGAAACAAAUCUUCGAUCCCGCAAACUCGCGCGAAUUUGAGGAAACGAAAACAUCGAUGGUCAGCAAUGAUCCGGAAAAGAGACAGAAACCGAUGUAAUACAGGGAGGGACCUCCAGAGAAGUUGUCGAACAAAAAGUCGCCUGGGAAGUCUUGCACGAGAAACGUCAAUCACUGCCAAUUCGUUACAUUCUAAGAUCACCGUCGAAGAUUUUAAACUGCGACUUUAGCAACCGGAGGUCUUCGAGACACGAGAAGCUGACUGAAGAAAGCCUAAAGUUUUCGCCGAUCCUCAGUGGCGAACAGCACGGACGGAUGCUCAUUUAUGAUAAAAAAAAGAAGAAAAUUGUAAUAUUAAAUAAAAAAUACGCUCCUAUUAUAUAUGUAUGUAGCACAGAACAAACCGUUUAUCUUUUUCAAAAUCGAUCGAGUCAACGGUCAUUGCAUUUACCGCGUCGAGAUGCGUCGAGUAUCGCGAGCACCGUCGCGCGUGCACUGAAAACUAGAAAAAAAAA